AAUCAGGUUGCCUCCCUGCUGCGUUAGCACAGCUCUGGCAAAACAACAGCCUUGUCUCUAUUUGUUUCCUGUUAGCAUUAGCAUUUGCAACAUAGCCACUGGGCAAACUGAACGUGUACAAUGUCAGAUUAACGACACCCUUUGUACUUUGUCGAUAUAAUCUUUGUUUGGCGUUAGUGUACGUUUGAAGGGAGAGUUCAUCGGAACUGUGACGCGCUGAUAGCUGCCAGGCUAACUGUAGCUAGCAUCAGGAAGAUGGGGUCCAUCCUGAGUCGCAGAAUCGCUGGUGUUGAGGAUAUCGAUAUCCAGGCCAACUCGGCCUAUCGAUUUCCACCGAAAUCUGGGAACUAUUUUGCGAGCCACUUCUUCAUGGGAGGAGAAAAGUUUGACACACCACAUCCAGAGGGAUACCUUUUUGGAGAAAACAUGGACCUGAACUUUCUUGGAAAUAGGCCAGUGCAGUUUCCAUAUGUGACGCCUGCACCCCACGAGCCUGUCAAAACCCUGAGGAGUCUCGUCAAUAUAAGAAAGGACUCUCUGCGUUUGGUCAGGUAUAAAGAUGACUCUGACACACCUGUGGAGGAAGGUGGAAAACCAAAGGUUCAGUAUGGUGUGGAGUUCACCUUUGAUGCUGACGCUCGGGUGGCCAUCACCCUCUACUGCCAGGCGUUUGAGGAGUUCUCCAAUGGGAUGGCAGUGUACAGCCCAAAGAAUCCCUCACUGGUCUCUGAAACUGUGCACUACAAGCGAGGAGUGAGCCAACAGUUCUCCAUGCCGUCUUUUAAAAUAGAUUUCACCGAGUGGAAAGAGGAAGAUCUGAACUUUGACCUUGACCGAGGAGUGUUUCCCAUAGUAAUCCAGGCUGUUGUUGAUGAAGGGGACGAUUGCCUCGGACAUGCUCACGUACUUUUGGCAGCCUUUGAAAGACACGUUGAUGGCAGUUUCUCUGUCAAGCCACUGAAGCAGAAGCAAAUUGUGGAUCGUGUGAGCUACCUCUUGCAGGAGAUCUAUGGGAUUGAAAACAAAAACAACCAGGAAACCAAGCAGUCAGACGAUGAGAACAGUGACAACAGCAACGAGUGUGUUGUGUGUCUGUCCGACCUGCGAGACACUCUCAUCCUGCCCUGCAGACACCUGUGUCUCUGCAACUCCUGCGCAGACACUCUGCGUUACCAGGCCAACAACUGCCCCAUCUGCAGGCUGCCCUUCAGAGCCUUGCUGCAGAUCAGAGCUGUGAGGAAAAAGCCCGGGGCUCUCUCCCCCGUGUCCUUCAGCCCUGUCCUGGCUCAGACUAUGGACCAUGACGAGCACUCAAGCACGGACUCGGUUCCCCCGGGCUUUGAGCCCAUCUCUCUGCUGGAGGCUCUGAAUGGUAUGAGCUCAGUGUCUCCUGCCGUCCCAUCUGCCCCCCUCUAUGAUGACAUCAACUUCUCAGGAGGUCUGGUCGGCGACGGCAGACAGCUGAGCUCCCCCGAGCAUUUGAGUGAUGGCAGUCUGCAGAAAGGCAAAGUCAGCAAGUCACCUGACAGCACCCUUAGGUCUCCAUCGUCUCCCAUCCAGGAAGAAGAUGAGGAGAAGCUGUCUGAGAUGUCUGAUGCACAGCCACACACACUGCUGUCCAGCAGCCCCGCCCCCACCGACGCCACAGCUGCAGAGGAUGUGGCAGAAUCCCUGUCUCCAGAUGAUGAGGACAGGAUGCAUUCUGGGGCAAACAUCCUACAGGACUGCAGCAGAGAACACAGCAGGUUGACCAAAACAGAGAGCGACCCAGCGGGCGACUUGUCUCUGCCAGGGUCAUCAGAGUCCACAGAAAGCCUGAAGAGUCAGAGCACUAACUGCUCCAGCCAGCCUCUCCUGUGUCCCACAAGCAGCCUUCAUAUGGAAGAUGAGCACCUCAACCCCUGAGUCUGACCCAGCCUCCCCCCACCCCCAUCCAUCAGAACAGAUGUAUGCGUUACAUCAAGUCCCUCUAUUCCUUUAACCCCCCCUGCCCAGUCUUUUUGCUUCACCGAUGAGAUCAAACAGCGGCCCUGAAAGAAGUCCACCAGGAAGAUGGAGGGCUCUGUUUAUUCCAUCAAUGGCUCUGACAUUAGAAACCAAAUUUAGCCUCUGCAAAGAUGUUCCUCAUACCUUUUAUUAUAUGACGGAUGUUUUAAAAAAGGAAUGUUGAUUCCAGAGCUUUGAAAACAUUUCAUUAACGGUCAGAUGGUGUUGGGUUGUGUGUCUUGACCGAAGGUGUGUUAUUGUAAUGUGGAUUCCAGAGACAUUUCACUACCUGUCAUGGUGGUUUUAAGCACACUUACUUUAAAUUAACUGUAUCAAUUGCUUUACACUAAAUUCAGAAGACAUUAUAAAUACAAUUUGUGUCUGAAUAUUGUAUUCCUCAGUGAAAUACAUUAAUGUUACAGUACCUGUUCGAUUUGGGUAAUGAUAAGAACAUUUAUCGCGUAUGUACCUGUGUGUCCAUUUGAAGUGAUUUUGCACUCCAAAAAUAAUCCAUUCCUUAUAACAAUGAGUUUAUGGUGAGAUGAGUUUAAGUUGUCUGCAGUCCUAAACAUCUAAAUGUCACUUUUUCUAUUAUUUCUAAUGUGACAUUUAUCGAUCAUAAAUCUACUAGAAUCCUGUGUACUUGCUUAAAAAAUGUAUACUUGCAUAUUACAUAGAAAAAAAGAUCCUUAUAUUUAAAUAAUGAAACUAGAUUCAGAUAAGAUUUAAGACUUGGUUUUCAAUAAGCGCUACAGAUUCACAACCGAACAGCUAAACUCAAAGAUGCUGACUCACUGUGGCACAGUUAGGUGUGCUCGUCGUCGAUGUGGCAGAUCUCUCUUCAGUCUUUUCGCGGCAAAGCCAGUGUCUGCUUAUGUGACGUCCGGUGGCUGCAUCACCUUUACAUUAUUUGGUAGUGUAUGUGUAGCACCAUGCAUAUAGAUCUAUGUGCCUUGAGUUGAUAUGGCUGCCUGCUUGUUGCAUUGGACAUUAGUGUUCUUCUAAAUGCUACAAUAUUCAACAGUUUUAUGGAUUUUUGAUUCUGAUGUACAAAGCCUUUUUUUCUAUCGCAUACUUUGUGCUACUCGAAAGAUGUAUCUUGUUAUUGUUUAUUGCAAUAUAAAAUGUAACUGUUCAUUUACUUUGUUAUGACCAUGUAUCAAUUAUGCAUUUAUUCUUAGUAUUUAGGUUCAAGUGGAUUUUUAAGAUUACAUUUGAUUGGAAUGACCACCAUCCAAUGCAAUAAGUGCAAACAGUGCAAUUACUAAUUGGGCUAGCGAUUGCAUGUGAACUCGUAGAGGCUUGAACCUCUCACCGCUUUUUAGUAACAUGGUUGUUUUGUCUUUCCCCGCGCCUCUUCUGUGCCAUUUUAACUUGACACUGUGCCUUCCUGUUCCUGUUGUGACCACUAUUGACCUGGUAUCCAGGAUAACUCCACAGUAGGUGGUUUGUGGCUCUCUGUAAAAUCAAUACCUGUCUUUCCUCGUGUGUAUAGCAGCAUGUGUAUAACAAUAAAGAACAGAUUAAAUACUUUC